GGGAGAGCUGCGGGGCCGCGCGGCGCCGCGCCGCGCCUGGGCCGGACUCGCUCCCACUCCCGCUGCCGCUCCUGCUCCUGAACCGGCCCGCCGGAGAGUGCAGAAAUGUCUCCCUUUGAAAAUAAAGGGCUAAUACUGGGCAUAAUGGCAGGGACUGCUGGAAUAAGCCUGAUGCUGCUUUGGUACCGUAAGAUCCGAAAACCUGGUGUAGCUGUGCAUAUACCUGCAUUCCUAGAUGUAGGUACCAGGCUUAAUUCUGUGGGCUUGCAAAAUGAAGCUCCUAACGAGCAAGAAGCAGUAAUGGUUUUACAUGGAAGGCAACUGCAGAUACUAGAAAAAUUGAAUGGCUUGCUAGUAAGUGUGGACGAACUGAAGAGAGAGGUGAAAUUUCUGAAAGAAGCUAUUCCCAAGCUUGAAGAGCUUGUUCGAAAUGAGCUUCAAGGGAAGGGAGAUGUUCAGAGAGUUAGCCCAUCACACAGAGCAAUGAAGCGGAGAAAAGCUGAGAGAGCUUCUGGUGCAACAGAAACGACCAGCUCUGAGGAGGCGGAAAGUGAAGGAGGUUAUCUUACAGCUCAUACUGAUUCAGAAGGAGACUCCGAGGAAGAAAAGGGAUGUAUGAAAUCACUCAAUGCCAUUGUGAAAUCAGAAGAAGAGUUAUUUAAUCUUUUACAGCAGGUGGACAAUUUGCACAAGGGUUCAGAGGAUGAUAAAAAGGAGGGCUUCAGACUGCUGCUUGAGAAAGAUGACAAGUAUGAAAACUCUGUGGACUUCCUUUGGAGACUUGCACGUGCUUAUGGAGAUCUGUUUGAGAUGACUACUGAUGCUGAGGAGAAGAGGAAAUACGUUACUGACGGAAAGAUUAAAGCUGAAAAGGCUGUUCUGCUGGAUGGCAAGAGUGCUGAGAGUCACCAGUGGUUUGCAAUUAUGUGUGGCUAUAUGUCUCAGUUUGAAAGUGUACAAAACAAAAUCAGGAAUGGUUAUCUCUUUAAGGAGCACCUAGACAAAGCAAUUGAACUUAAGCCUCAAGAUCCUUUUUUAUAUUACCUAAACGGAAGAUGGUGCUAUUCAGUAGCUCAGUUGUCUUGGAUUGAAAAGAAAGUAGCUGCUGCUCUCUUUGGGACUCCACCAACUUCAACAGUAGAAGAAGCAUUGCAGAAUUUCCUUAAGGCAGAAGAAAUGCAUCCAGAAUAUUCCAAAUGCAAUUAUGUGUAUUUGGCAAAGUGCUAUAAAGAUCUUGGCCAGAAAAACAAUGCACUGAAGUACUGUGAUUCUGCACUGUCAAUUCUCCCAGUUACUAAUGAGGAUAAAGAGGCCCAGAAAGACUUAGAAGCUUUACUUCUUACGCUGAAGCUGUGAUACUACACACUUUUUAACUCUUCACGCUGUGAUAAAACUGCAAAACUAAAAUGAGAAUCUAUAGUGACUGGGAACUGCAGGUGAAUUCCAGCUAAGUCAGUGGGAAAACUGUCAUUGACUUUGGUUGGCUUGAAUCGUGGCAAUUAUGAUAUGAAAACGAUGCAUUCAUUUUUGAUUAUUUAUAAUCUUGUACUGACGUUUAAUUUUAGAUUGCUGACACUGUGAGUCUGAUUCUCUGAACAUGAAGUCCACUGCUGGCAAUGGACAUACUGGAUGUUAGAAUGCAAAAUGCAUAAAUCUCACUCUUUGAAAGUUUAAUCGACUAGUAUGUGAUGCCAGCAUAGAACUGUGUGUAGCAAAAACAAACAAACCAAUGUUUCUAUAGCAAAUUAUAUUUGUAUCAACUAAUUUACACAGAUGUGUACAGAAGAAAAUCAUGAAUGUUUAUGUUUACACGUUUCUCUACUCUUAUAAAAUUAGACUCUUGUUGAAGUUAAAAAAAAAGCUGUUGCCUCCACAAAGCUCUUUUUACUUUAAACCUACUGUUGGUUUUACACAGAAAUGUGAAAACUUUAUAAAUUAAAUAUUAAAGUUAUAUUUUAUUUGUAACAUCAAGUACUAUAUUAAAAAUCAGACCAAUGAAACUGAGUGUUUUAGAUUAAUCUAUUACAGCUGUGAUGUUUAAUGGAUUUGUUAUAGGACCUCCACCGAAUUUGUGAAUCCUGGCUCUUUCUCUCUGAACAGUUGCCUAGCAUGGUGGCAUCAGCAUGUCUUGGGAGAACCUGGUCCAGCAUAUGACCAUCACUAACCUUUUAUAUCAUCUAUAUAACAAAACCUGUACAUAAAAAUAGGCUAAUUAAAGACCUACUACUUCUGUCUGAGUGUGUAGGACAGCAAUGUUUUCAAGAAAAUGUAACAGGUAGGGAAAGAAUUUUGUUCACCAACAGACUGAUCCAGAAAUCACCAAAGUCUGUAGAAAAAUAGAGGCCAGUUUUCGCUGGCUUUUAAUUCAGGACCUUAAUCUAGAUUCAGGGAGUGUAUCUAGAAGAAGUAAGCAUUUCUGUUAAAGGAAAUACAAUUGGAAAAGGACAACUGCAUGUUCGCUUGACCUAUUUGAUGUGUAAGAUAACAUGGACCAGUUUAUGGCUAAAACAAGGAAGACUCAUAUAGCACGAAUAUAUUGAACUAGCAAUUGGGGCUUUAAUUUUGGACAGAUGGGGAACAGUGACAUUAGCAAGAAGGAACUAGUCACAGCAACAAAGAUCUAAAAAUUGGGCAGAUGCGAAGAAGUAUGUAUACAUAUAUGACUGAAGCAUCUCAUAGUGAGUGAGCUUUAACUACUAACAACAGAAGGCAAUAGAUGCAAUAGCCUGGAACAAAACAGAUAGAGUUACAGGUGUAGAGUUACAUUUGAAUUAAGCCUGACUCCAUGACUCCAAGUACAGAGAUUUCUUUUCAUAAAGUAGGGCUGUCCAUUUUUUCAAACAUUUUCUUUAAAAAUAUGUUUUCAGACAUGCAUACAUUACUGUGAGAUAUCUCUGAACAAAAUGUGAAAGUUCAGAACUGGUUCCGAGUUCUCACUGUUACCUCAAUGGUUUUCAUUAUCCUGAAGAUCUUCACAAAUUGAAAUACGUAUUUUAGUAGUUUUUAAUGUUCGCUCUGAGGGAAAAUAGUUCCUAUAACUCUUUUUCAAUUCCAGAGUUCUCUUUUUCAUACACGAUUUCAGAGAAAAGAGGAAAUACCAUAUGAGAUAAAUCCUAUCAAAUAAUUCCUUCCGUGACAGAAUAAUUGACUUGUGAACAGAGAAGCUGCAAAGGUGAUGCAUCUUGAUUUUGGUAAGGGGCUUUUGGUAAAGACUGUGUUUGACAUUUUCAUAGCCAAUGCAGGAAGCAUAGUUUAAAUGGAUCUAGAACAGUGAUUUGUACUUAGGGUUGUUGUUAGCAAUUCACUGUUGCCUAGGAGGAUGUAAUAAGAAGGCCUUUACAUAGAUCAAUUUUAUGCUAAUUGAUAUACUUUAUAAAAUAGAUUGGAUUAUGCAAUAGAUGUUUCAUUUCCAAGCAAUUAUUGCCAAUAAGUGCUGAAAGUGUAUCAGAGGAAUAGAUUAGAACAAGAAGUUAUUUAAAUUAAUUGCUAAAAUUAGGUGACAUUAGUAGGAUUUGCUUCAUUAAAGGCAAAUAGAAAGUAUUGAAUUGAAGUAACAGAGGAUGGAGGAGAACUGGCUAGUUGUGGUAAUUCUGUGCAAAAAGAUGUGCAGAUUCCAGUGAGUGGCAAGCUAAUCAGGGGUCAAUAAUGUCAUGGUUUUGUGAAAAAGCAAAUUUCAUACUAGACUGAAUAAAUAAGCAUUCCCCAUUAAAUUCACAUGAAAUAACCUUUUACUCUAAUUAGGCCUAAUAAAGUCUAAUGAGGUCUGAGCUGGAAUACUAUAUCCAGUUUCAGGCGCCACGUUUCUGGGAGAUUGGGGGCUAAUGGGAAAGAGUCCAGUGGAGAGACACAAGAAAGAUGAGAGUGCUAGACAACAUAAUUUUGUGUGUAAAAAUUGAAAGAAUUUCUUUUGUUUAGUCUGCAGGAGCAAUGGCUGAAGGAGUAUUCACAUUUGUAAAAAGCUAUUGCCGAAAAGACAGUUUAAAAAAAACCCCAAACCUUGUUCUCUUAAUCCCCUGUUCAUAGGACAAGAAGCAAUUGCCUACCUUUAGAUUAGGCACUAAGAGAAAAUAAUCCUGAUGGUAACUUUGCAAAGCUCUGCAGUACUUUUGUGAAGAACAUUAUAAAAUCAUUUACACAAGUUUUAAAGUAAAAGUUAAACAAAGAAGACUUUAAACAUUGGCAAUGUUUAAGGCACAGUUCAUCCUCUGGCAGUGGUUGGACUUGGUGACUUCUUAAGAUCCCUCCUGGCCUUGCUGUCCCUGGGGAGCGCACAACUCCAGCCCCCUACGAGCCACGGGUGCUCCCGCUGGGUUUCUGCAAUUGUUAGGAUUGAUCUGCACACACUGGCUCUGCAUUUGGGCCCAGGCUGCCUAAUGAAUUUGCACCGUGAAACAUUUACCAGCAUGUUUCAAGACUUGAAUUUAAAGAUGCGCAUCAUGGCUGCCCUUGACUAUUUAUUUAUCACACCUGUGGUUUUAAUCCACAUGAUUACAUUUUUAAAUGAAAUUUCUGAUUUUAUAAAUGAAAUUACUGAUCUUUCUUUUCAGCCUAUUCUUUUUGCUCAUUACUAGUCUAUGUGUAGAAUCACAAAAUAACAUCUGGAGAGAAAAGGCUGGUUUUAAUUAUUCAGUCUAAGUUGUCUUUCAUGGUUUACAGAAAUAUUCCUCACACGGGUAAGAAACUGCUGUUUUACACAGCUAAGAUAUUUUCUGCUUUUUAAGUUCUUUACUAGUUAGUGUACAUGAGCAUUCUCAGCUUUUUUGUAUUUCUGCUUGGCUAAUCUGAGAACUUUUAAAAUUGAAGCGUGUUCCCUAAAUUGUUCUCUAAUUGCUCCUUGGAAUAAAGCUUUUGCAUUUA